AUGGCAUCCUCAUCCAGAGCUCCUGUAAAACCCAUCAAGCUAGAACCCGACCAGGUGUAUAUCCAUGUGUCAUACUUUUCACCUGAACCUCCAUCGGCCAUUUCACUUAAUAACGUCGAAGUGAAAUAUCUAGGUCCGAUAGGUGAAUUAUCUGGGGAAGGGAUAUACCAAAUUCAAUUUCAUGGUCGACCUGUCAAGAGGAAUGAUGAGAGCUGGCAAAAUUCCCAAAAGGAUUUGAUAGAGAAGGUGAAAAGGAGUGAAGGUGUAAAGAGUGUCAAGGUUAUGGAUGAACCUAAACAACGAACUAAGAGAGAUGAGUUCUGA